AGCAGAAACAUGGCGGUCGCUGCGCUCGUUAGCCGUCCUGCGAGUGUCCUUCCCAGGUUUUCAAGUGAGUAAUACCAAAACAUGCACUUUUAGAUGAUAGAAAUGCACUGAUAAGUGAACUGUUCAUAGAUAGUUUAAAUAAUGUUUAAUCUGAACACAGAAUUGUUUUUAAAGCGACAUUGCUACCGUUUGUGACCCUGUUUGUGCUAUGACCUAAGUUAGCCGGUUAGCUAUCUAAUUUCUAGCACCAUGGCAUAUGCCAACCGGUAAAGAGCUAGUCCUAGCUAAAUGCUACUGACAGUCCCGUAUAUACAUUUCAUGGCCAACGUAUAAAACAGGAAUUUGCAUAACUUUCACUGGAUUAAUACCUCCCAGGGCCUAGCUCCCACGCUAGCUAGCGAGUUAACUUGCUAGUUAGACAGCUAGCUAGGUCGUCUGGGACAGACAGUGUUUAUCAAUAUGGAAUGGUCAUGUCAGCUGUUUACUGUGGUACCAAGUUAGUGGACCUUUGUUGCAUUCCAGUGACUGACACUAGUUAAAAAGGUCUCUGUCAUCUCUGUCAACAUCACUAAUUAGUAGCUAGCUAGAUUAAUCAGAUUUCAGUUUAUGCCACUGACAUUUUUGCUAAGAAGGUCUAUGUUUUCUGCUCCUCCCUGCAGGUUCCUGUUCCCCUGUGGUGCUGUCAGCCGUCCCUGUGACAGUCCAGCAGAGAAAGGUCCACCAUGCUGUCAUCCCCAGAGGGAAAGGGGGGCGCUCCUCCUCCAGUGGGGUAGCAGCCACAGUCUUCGGAGCCACCGGCUUCCUGGGCAGAUAUGUUGUCAACCGCCUGGGUGAGUUUCACCAUCAUCAGUCCCAAAGCCUUUACAUGAUAAUCUUUCAAAUGACAUGGCAGCUCUGUGGUCCUCUUCAACUUAUUUCUUAUGUUUAUAUGUGAUUGUGAGGGAUGCAUUCAUUUCUUUGGUUUUGUGACAAUCCUCUUUGUUUACACUGCAGUGACUGCAUACUCGUGUUUCCUAUGGGGCAGUUACGUGCUUGUUGACCUGUCUGGUGGUUUUGUAGGUCGUAUGGGUUCUCAGAUUGUGAUUCCUCACCGGUGUGACCAGUAUGACCUCAUGUAUCUCAGGCCCAUGGGGGAUCUAGGACAGAUCAUCUUUAUGGUGAGAAAAAUACUAUUUAUCAGAUGUGACGUCAUUAAUCACAAACUUUCAAGUCCCUUCAUCUCUUCAUUUGUUAGCUAAGUGUUGGUUUUUCUCAUGCCAGGUUACCCUCACGCCUCAUAUGUGCACUCCACCUUGCUAUAUUUCAGGAGUGGGAUGCCAGGAACAAGGAUUCUAUCAGAAAAGCAUUGGCUCACUCCAAUGUGGUCAUCAACCUGGUGGGACGAGAGUGGGAGACCAAGUAUGGCCCAACUGACUGUAUACACAAAACUAUUCUAGAAAAAUACAUGGUUCCUAAAAAGAACCCACUGGUGGUGAACAUUCACAUAAAGAGUUGCUCCAUUACUAAGUGAAUCAACCUACUUUUAACUACACCAGAGGCUUGAAUUACUCCUUAGUGGAGCAAAGAACCUCAAGUGCUUCCACCAUUAGGCACACUUAAAUUAUGACCUUUCUGUGAAACGUUUGUUGUACUUGGCUUUACUCAGUGUUCUGUUCUUCCUCUUUCUAUCUGUAAAAGGAACUAUCCCUUUGAGGACACCUACGUGAGCAUCCCUCAGCAGAUUGCCAAGGCCACCCGGGAGGCAGGCAUCACAAAGCUGAUCCAUAUAUCUCACCUCAACGCUGACAUCCGCAGCCCCUCCAAAUACCUUAGGAAUAAGGUACUGGCCAAUGCAGAGCUCUUUUGAACUCUCUUUCAAUGGUACUUGGACAUAUUUCUUUCUGGCAUGUCAUUAUGCAGAAAUGUCAUGUAAUGUGUGUGAUGUAACCUUGCAGGCAGUAGGUGAGAUGGCUGUGAGAGAUGAAUUCCCUGAUGCUAUCAUCAUGAAGCCUGCUGAGAUGUUUGGAAGGGAGGACAGAUUCUUCAACCAUUUUGCCAGUAAGUAAGCAGAACAUAGAGUUUAUUUCAGUGUGGCCCAGAGUAAAAACUGUUAAAAAGUGAAAUAAGAUUUUAUUUGUGAUCUGUCAGAACGCUAAGCAGACAGUGUCCAUAUUUGUGGGAUCAUGGUGGUAUAAUUACACAGCCCCUGUUGACUGUAUAGGACUGCAAACUAUUGAGGGAGCUGUUACAUGGUUGAACACUUGAAUUUGCAGUGUAUUGGCAAAAUAAACCAAAAUAAAGAUUUUGUAAGGUGAUGUAUUUGCUCCAAUUGGUCUUGAUGCAAUGCUAUUAUCGUUCAAAAUGGGAUCAGUUCAGUCAUUGAUUGAAUGUUCGUUUUUUCCUUUGUUGCACAGACAUGCGCUGGUUUGGGAAGGCUGUGCCUCUCAUCUCCAUGGGGAAGAAGACAGUGAAGCAGCCUGUUCAUGUGAGUGUGUCUGUCCUCAUGAUGUCAGCCAUGUCUGUUACUCAAGACUCACUCUGUCUGCUCUCCUCAGGUGGUGGAUGUGGCCAAGGCUAUCAUCAACGCCAUCAAAGACCCUGAUGCCAAUGGCAAGACAUAUGCACUAGUUGGGUAAGGACUUGAUAUGGGCUUGACUUUUGGCAGUAAAAAAGUAAAAUUCUAUUCAUUAAUUUGAAACUGCUCAUUAUCAAUGACUAGGUCAACUAGGUGAACCUAGUAUAAAUCAUAAAAGCGAUUGUUCAUCUACUAGAUGAGUUGCUCUAUGGCAUGGGUUUGUAUCUUUUACUCACCCAGGGUGUGGGACUUGGCUUGAAUCCAAAAUAAAAUAUAUGAUUGUGUAAUGGAAGUUUCAUGCUCAUUCAUGCAGUACAUUAUUUAGAAGUGUCAACCAGGAGAAUUUAGAAAUGUAUCAACCAAAAUGUUUGUCAGCCUUUUGGUUAGUUUUGUUUGUUUCCCGCCACACAGACCUAACCGUUAUCUCCUUCAUGACCUGGUGGAGUACGUGUAUGCUGUGGCACACAGGCCCUUUGUGCCCUACCCCCUCCCACGCCCUCUCUAUCAGUGAGUAUGCACCGGCUUCUGGUUCUGCAUGGUAUCCUAAGUUACACUCUGAGGAACAUUUACUGUGUACUUACUAUAUAGGCUGACUGAUGAAUAGUUGAGUGCCAAGCUGUUAGUAUGUUUAGAACACAAAAAGCCUUAUCAAGUUUGACCAGUGGAUGCGAGGUGGCAAGGAACAAGGAAGAUGUUGGUUUGUUUAAAUGCAAUACUAUCAGAUACGGUAUAAUAAACAUGUCUUGCCUUUAUCUCUGGUUUCAGUCUUGUUGCAAGUUUCUUUGCAAUGAACCCAUUCGAACCUUGGACAACUCCUGACAAAGUAGAUCGAGUAAGAAAAUGCAACAUAAACAGCAUAUUAUAAACAUCCUUGUAAAAAGCAUAUUUUAUACAAAUUAAGGUACAUUUACAUUUUCUCAUGUUGUUGGGGCAACAUGUUGAAGAAAUAUGAAUGAAGGAAGUAUGUUUAACCGUAAGUAUUUCUUCUGGAUUUGUGUGAUGACCUGAAUGUGUUUGUUCCAGUUCCACACCACAGAUAUGAAGUAUCCAGGGCUUCCUGGCUUGGAGGACCUGGGAAUCGUCCCUGCCUCCGUAGAGCAGAAGGCCAUCGAGGUCCUGCGUCGCCAUCGCCGCUUCCGCUUUUUGGAGGCUGAGUUGGCUGAUACCAAGCCAGCCAAGACAGUCAACUAUUGAGUAGCCCGUCUGUCUGACCGCCCAACGACACCACCACCAUAGCCACAGACUGAUCCUCCUAUUAAACUGUGCUGUCUUCUUUUACAAAUAUUCUGUACAUAAAUAAAUAAAAGAUGAUAGUCUAAAACUA